GCCAUUCUGGCCAAAAAGCAGCAUUUGCAAGCAGCUGUGGCCUGGGUUUCCAUUCUGUCCUUGCGCUUUCUUUUCCUCGCUCUGCCAGAGCAUGCUAACCGGAUAUUGUUGUUCCUGCAGCAAAUACAAACACCCUUAAUUCCUCCAAACCCCCGCGACCACACCGUCGCGCAAUCUGCCAAUUCCUCGAAGUUCGAUCGCCAGCGACCCGACAACCGUAGGAUGGCAACUGAGUCACCCAAGCACCGAUCUGAUGAAGCUACUGUGACUUCUCCCGCCGAGCCAACCAUCAAGAUCGACAACGAUUCGCAGAAUGUCGAACUCAACCGCCCGCGCAUAAACGGUGAUGCCACGGAUGAGAACAAGCACAUCUCCGAUAUCGUUGACGACCUUGUGAACUCGACAGAAGUUAGCAUUAGUGGAGGAUCUGAUACCGAAGCCACCAAGUCCGAUGCCUCCAAGGGCGGCAAGGACGGCACGAAAGGUCACGGCCGCGUCUCCUCAUCCGUGAAGAAGUCUGCGCCCUUCAAGGCGAUCAACGUCAACAAGACAUUCCUCACAUCCAAAGCCCCGGCCCCCGGUGCUCAGCCCAAGCCGGCGGAAAAGGCCACCAUCACCCCCAGCGCCGCGUCCGCCGCUUCUGGGACCGCAACGAUCAGCCGACCCAGGUUAGUUGCCAAGACCGGCAGCGGCCUGAUCACGAAGGGGUCCGGACCAAGCGGUGGCAAGCCGGCCCCGGAUGCGAGCGCGGUGUGGAACAAGAAUCGACCCGUACCACCACCAGAACCGAAGAAAUAUACCGACGAAGAACUUAAAAAGUAUGGAAUUCACAUGGCGACUCGACUACACCCCAACGCCGCCCAGGGCCAGUCGAACUGGGCCGAUAUAGAUGACGACGAUGAGGAUUGGGACCCCGAUACCAUCACGUGGCAGGACGGCACCAAGAUCGCGCUCACACCCGCCGAAGAACCUCCGGCUCCCGCUGCGCCAGAACCUGUUGCCCCGCCGGUGGUGAAAGAGAACGCACCCGUGCCCGCGGAGAAGGCGAAGACACCGGUUCCUGGGACAUCACCAUCCGUUAAGCCCGGCGUACUCGCAUCUGGGAAGGGUCUCGUGCUGAAAGGCGCGCCUGAAAAGCCGACUCUGGUUGCUAAGCCCCCAGCGCCCCCCACGCCUGCCAAAUCACCAUGGGCACCCCUCCCGAAGAUCGAUAAAGUUUCUCCAGUCGCCGUAGAUGCGCCGGCCCAGGCAGGACCAAAGUUCCCCCCGCCAGCCCAAGGGCACCCAUCACAUAGUCCAUUGCCACCCAAGGAGAUUGCGGCAGAUGACUUCAGCAGGGCGCCCUGGCGGGAUGGCGCCCCGGUUGCGAAUAGGGAACUUUUCAAUUCGCAAUCUGGCCGCUACGAACCAGUUCUUGACCGCCGGGGUCCGAUGCGCCAGGAGCCACAAUACGGGCGACAGCCGGCGGUUGUACAACGACCAGGGCAUCACGAACAACAUGGGCCAAUGGAUCACGGCAGGAACAACGAGCAGCAGGGACCCUAUGGGCGGAGACGCGGGUCUUCCAAUGUUAGUGGCGGAAGCGGUAGCUGGCAACGACCCAAAGGCGUCGAGCACACGCUCGCCACACCGGACCUCAUCAAUGCCCGUCGCGCAUCCGCGGCCGGAGGAAGCGAUGGCCCUGCUUCGCCGAGGAAUUUCUCGCCUUCCGGUGUUCAAGGCGGACCGCACCCUGGCCAGGCGUGGCCGCCUAAGACGUCCCCCAGCAUUACCCAUGCGACGCCCCAUCCGGCUGAAGCGGGUGUCUCGUCCUCCGUUCACGCGUCACCAGCCCCCGUUCCUGCAGCCCCUGUUACUGAAGACGAUUAUGAGCUGCAGAAACGAUUAAUGCGGGAACGCCGGGAGCUCGCUAUGAGGCGCCGCCAGGAGGAAGAGGCGCGUGAGGAGGCCGCACGCAAGGAGCGGAUUCGCCUAAAGCUGGAGGCACUGGGACCUGCCCCCGAGUCGAACAAGGCCAAGAAAGCGGCAGCGAAGGAACAGAUUGUCAACCCCGCCCAGGUUCAACCCCGUGAGGCGAGCAGCUCCGAGAACCCAGCGCCAACCGAGUCCCCCGAGGCCGAGGAUGAGGUUCCCCGAGUGGUCAUCCCCCCACCUACACAGCAGGGCCACCCGCCUAGUGGGCCGCCGGCGCAGACCAUCUCGCCACCGGAUGGCGUUGAGUCUCGUCCGCAAACACAUUCCGGCAGCCAUACGCAGCCUUGGGCCGCGAGGCAAGCCGACCGGCACCCGGCUGUUUGGGGACCGCAGCCUUCGACAAAGAAUGUCUGGGCCGCCCCAAACAAUCGUAGCCUCGGCAAUGGCACCUUCGUAGCGGACAUCGGGGCGGCACCGCUUCCUUCGGGCCCGGGACCCAUUGCACCGCCGAGCAGCGCCCGCGCUGCCGGUCCAUCGCAGGCGAACAUAGCUCCUGCCGCCGCAUGGCAACCGCCAAUCGGGCCACCGAGGCAACCGCAAGCGUCCAGGGCCGCGGCCGAGCGCGAGAUGAAGGACAACCCUUGGGCUGCUGCUGUUCGCGCCAAUGAUGACAAGUUCUCGGAGCUGCUCAACGCUCAGUACGAGGAGCGCGACCGUAGGCUACAAGCGGAAGGUCGCUCGUUGGCGGAUGCCCAACCCGCGAUCAAGGACACGUGGCGUCCGACAAAACUGGACGAUACCGGAGUGCGGACCGAGAGUGCUGGGAAGCAAAUCGUCCAGAUCGGGCAAGAGAGUCCAUGGGCGUCCACUCCCGAGGGCAAGGCGGCGGCCUCGCAACAAGCGGCAUCAGUAUCAAGCGGCACCCCCUCGGAGUACAGCCAACUUCCUCAAAGCACCGUGCCCGGUCGCGAUAUGACGUCGGCGCCCAUGAUCGGCGCGAAGACGUCCACCGGUCAAGGAAGAGGCUCGCGGUUCUUCCCAUCUCGUGAUAUUCGCCAAGAAACCCGCGAUAUCCGGCUGGAGCUGAGCGCCGAAGCGCUGCGGCAGGAGUCCCCUUCGCCGCCACCUCCGGACAUGGUUGGUCAUCCCGCAUUCGACGGGGAUGCUACCCACCCACAUGUAUCGUUACCGCGGCCGUAUCCUGUUGUCCGGCUCCCUCCUUCGGCAGCAAAGGAAGCGUCCGAGGCGAACCCGGCGCCCACUGGCCCAUCGAGAGCGCAGGGGCCGAGCUUUGCGUGGGCGUCACAGCCGGCAUACAUGGAACCGGAUAGGGCACCGCGGGGACCUACGCAGAAACCCGACAAUACUUGGCAAGCAAAGAUUGACAACCUACUGGGCGGACGUAAAGUGCAUCCGUCCAGGGCUGUGGGAGCCGAUGCGCGUGCCCCAAACCAACCCCAGGAAUCUUCAUACGCCGGCCCAUUGGCGCCGAUCCUGGAGACGGAAGGGCUGGUCAUCAGCAAAGUGAUGGCCGAAGAAUGCUUUGAGGAGCAGGAGAUGGGCUCUUUGCCGCCCAUCCGAUUUCCGAAAACCGUACCCGAGAUGGCGUGGCAGCCCAGCCCGGCGCCCAAGCCUCUUGGGAAGAAGCUCUGGCCCGUGGUGCAAAGCGCGGACGCUAUUAACUUUCCCGCCGAUGUGUCGGGGGCCGGGAACGUGUGGCGCGUCUGCAUCCCGGGGAAUGAGAGCAAGAGCAUCACGGUUCCGUUUGGGCGCACACGCAGCAACCCGCGCCGGGGAGGACAGCGCGGCAGCCGGCAUAGCUCGUCGGCACAGCACAGACAGGGGAAGGGGCGCGAUUCGUCUUCUUCGUACUCCGGAGAGCAACGCGAAAAUGCGCCUUCCGGGUCCGGCCAGUCGCAUGGCAGAGGCCACCGCGGUGGCUAUCGUGGACGCGAUAACUGGUCGCGCAAUGCGUCGAACCAGGGCCAAACAUAAAUGCGGCUCGGUUGCUUGUGUUGAGUGCUGGAGUCGAGCGCGGGGGUGUGGAAGGUCUUGUCCUGAUCUUCUCGACACUCGACACACUUGACCGACAUACUUACGCGGCGACACUUGUGCGUGGCACCACUUCAGCCAUGCACAAUACUCUGAAUCAACAAACCGACAACCAUAGCCA